AUGACCAGACCGUACUGUGUGGUAGUGGCCCUACUGCUGCUGGCAGAGGUCUGCAGGUUUGGAGAAGGGGCCUCUAAUCCUGGGAUCUUGGCCAGGAUCACUAGAAAAGGCCUGGAAUACGCCCACCAGUAUGGAGUUGCCAUCCUGAAGAAGGAGUUGUCUACCAUCAGAUUACCUGAUAUCUCAGGAAGUUUUCAGAUUGGUUGGGUCAGAAGUGUGAGCCAUGAGUUUCACAGCCUGAGGAUCCAGCACUUCGAGCUCCAGAACUCGAACUUGAGUCUACUCCCAGAGAAGGGUAUAAGAGCCUCUCUGUCCGAUAACUACGUGUCUGUCAGUGGGAACUGGGAGGUGAAAAAGGCUUUCAUCACCCUAUGCGGCACCUUUGAUCUGACUGUGGAUGGCAUUUCCAUCCUGGUUUCUCUGAACUUGGGAAAAAAUGUGUCUGGACAACCCACCGCCUCCGUGGCCCAAUGCAGCAACUCCAUUGGCCAUGUCAGGAUUGAUAUUUCUGGAAGCUUAAGUCAGUACUGCCUGCAGGCCACAUGCCAUGAUCUUUUAUGGAUCCUUCUUAUUGCCGGACGGCCAGUCACUGUUAUGAUUGACCAGAUUGCUGGCAUUGACUGCAGCUUGGUAGGAGCUCCCCAGGUGGCCUCUGAAGGCUUGGACCUGCCCUACAAGGGUGAAUUUUUCAGCCUAAGCCAGCACACCCCCAUGCCUUUUGAUGCUCCAGCCAUCAUGCUACCCCAGCAACACAACUGGGAUGACCGUAUGAUCUACGUUGCAGUUUCUGAAUAUGUCUUCAACACAGCCAGCUGGGUUUACUACCAGGGUAGGCCCAAGAACUUCACCAUUCAUGACAAGCAUCUGGUCCCCCAGAAGGGAGGUCCGAGCAGCGUACCUCCACCACCAACCACUGCGAUUCCCCUGGACUCUGUAAUCCACCUGAACACAAGCUCAUUCCGGACCAUAGUUCCUCAGCUGGCCAAGUUGUACCCUGAUACAGAGAUAGAGCUUGAGGUGUCAUCUGAAUCAGAACUGUUUGUAAUGUUCACCCCUGGAAAUGUCACCCUCAUGCCUGUGGUGGACAUCCGAGCCUUCGUUCUUCUGCCCAACUCCUCUGACCGUGACCCUCUCUUUGAACUCAGGGCGAAAACCAACAUCUCCGCCACCAUCCAUGUGAGCUCCAGUAAGAUCACUGGUUCAGUGACCUCAGGAAGACACAGUAAACUGGAACUCGAACUGAAACAUUCCAACGUGGGUUACUUCAAUGUGGAGUUGCUGGAAGCCAUCUUAAAGGACCACGUGCUUAAUAUCACACACCCGUCUCUCAGUGCAAUGCUUGAGAAGGGCUUCCUGCUCCCUCUUCCAAGGGACGUACAUCUCAAGAGCACGGAGCUCCAAAUUCACAAGGUCAAUAAGAAGUGGGGUCUGGGUGGGGACCUGCUAGGAGGACUGCUUUAG